GGUAAGAAGCGGUGUUUCGGGGAGUACUUGUGCCCUCGUUGUAACCGCAAGUGGAUGUCUGGCAACAGCUGGGCGAACACUGGCCAAUCGUGCCUCAGAUGCUAUGUUCUGGUUUACCCUCACAAGCAGAGACCAUUAGAAAGCCCAGACGGACUAGAUGUUUCCGACCAGAGCAAAGUUCACCCCCAACAUCUCUGCCAAAAGUGCACUCAACUCGGCUACUACUGCAGAAAAAUC